ACAGAAAAAGCGAACGAGACCAAAAAGACAACAUGAGAACAAGCUGACAUAAACACUCAUAACGAAAAAUACAAAAAAAACUAGAUUAUGUGAUACAUGCAUUUUGAAUAUCGCGCAUAAACUACAUUUGAAAUAAUCGAUUUAAUUCGAUAUAUCGCCCAGCCCUAUGGAUAGGGUCUAGUCGCGAAAGUGCAGACACGAAACAUCGGAACCAUUUUGAGAAUUGUAAACAUUCGUCAUUCAUGCUUGGCAGUGCUCGUUUUAGCUCAAUGGCAGUGGUGGGCUACUAGCUAGUUAACCGAAUAAUUAUAGAGAGACAGUGAAAUAAAGACUAAUUUAAAAUCCAAUACUUUUUUGGUAUUAUGAAAGUAUCAGCAUGGAUGCAAAGCAAAAGCUUAAAACGUGCUUGCUUAUUAUUGAGAUAAUCAUUUAGCGCGAGCCAAGUUACUCCCCACGGAAUUUCCACUUUGACCGACCUUUCUUUUUCUUUCCUCGACAAUCAGUUGAAGUUGUUAUGAUGUUGGCGUGUCAACGAUUUGUGAGUGUUGUGAGGAACUCAAGGACACUAUCACGACAUGUCACUACUUGGUCUCCGGUUGGAGCAGCAUUCAAUGCCCAGCAGAGGAAAGUUGAUUUGUUGCAGAAGAACGUGGGAUUAUUCGGGGUUCCAGCGUUGAGUACUCCGGCUGGUUUCGAGGUGGCUCAGCAACGAGCGCUCAGGGAAACAGAACAGUUGGUAGAAACAGCCUGCAAUAACCCACCAGGCGCCCUGACCGUGGAGACCUUCGAUCAACUUUCUGACAGCCUUUGCAAAGUGGCAGAUUUGGCAGAUUUUGUCAAAGUUGGCCAUCCAGACCCUGCCUUUCGGGAUGCUGCUGAGAAGGCAUGCAUAAACAUUGGCACAGUAGUAGAAAGGCUGAACACUAAUGUUGAACUGUGUAGGAGUCUCAAAAACCUACUAGAUAACAAAGAGGUUCUGGAUUCUUUGGACCCAGAUACAAGGAGAGUAGCAGAACUGUUCAUGUUUGAUUUUGAGAUCAGUGGCAUUCAUCUGGAUGAAUCAAAGAGAGGGAAGGCGGUGAGCCUCAAUGUCAACCUGCUGGAUCUGAACAAUGAAUUUCUAAAUGGCACCCACCUGCCCAAUAGGAUAGAGAAGACGGCCCUGCCAGAACACAUCCGGCACUGCUUCUCCAUAGACGGCAACUCCAUCCAGAUUGGAGGUCUCCAUGCAGAUUCUCCUGAUGAACUGGUGCGGGAGGCUGCUUAUAAAAUCUUUCUCUUCCCGAAUUCAAGUCUGCUGCUUUGUCUGGAUGACCUGUUGACUUGUAGGAAUGAGCUAGCCAAAUUAGUGGGCUAUGAAUCUUUUGCACACAGGGCUUUAAAUGGAACUAUGGCCAAGACUCCAGAGACUGUCAUGAAAUUCCUUGAAUUGCUGACAGACAAACUCUCGGACAGAACUGCCAAAGAUUUUAACCUGAUGAGGGAUAUGAAAAUGAACUCAAGAAGCACCGUACUCAUGCCAUGGGACCACUCCUACUUCAGCAGCGCUGUGCGGGCAGAGAGGUAUAAGAUCGAUCCCAGCCUGUACAGUCCUUACUUCUCCUUAGGGGCCUGCAUGGAGGGCCUCAACAUGCUGUUCAGCCAGCUGCUGGGAGUCUCCUUCCGGAAUGAACAGCCCAUGGCAGGAGAGGUGUGGAGUGAAGAAGUCCGCAAGUUGGCUGUUGUCCAUGAGACAGAGGGUCUUCUGGGAUACAUCUACUGUGACUUCUUCCGAAGGCCUGACAAACCACACCAGGAUUGCCACUUCACCAUCCAAGGGGGGCGUCUUAAGAAGGAUGGGGAAUACCAACAUCCUGUGGUGGUGCUGAUGCUGAGCCUGCCCCCUCCCACACGUAGCACCCCAACACUGCUCAACCCCGGCAUGAUGGAGAACCUGUUCCACGAGAUGGGCCACGCCAUGCAUUCCAUGCUGGGACGCACGCGUUACCAACAUGUAACAGGAACUAGAUGCUCCACUGACUUUGCUGAAGUCCCCUCCAUCCUCAUGGAGUUCUUUGCCACAGACUAUCGGGUGGUAAAUCAGUUUGCACGGCACUAUCAGACCGGACAGCCCCUGCCCAAGAGCAUGGUCUCUCGCCUUUGUGAAUCCAAGAGAAUCUGUGGGGCUGCCGACACUCAGCUUCAGGUUUUUUAUGCUGCUUUGGAUCAAGUGUAUCAUGGCAAGCCACAAAAUCGGUCAACGACAGACAUUCUAAAACAGAUGCAAGAGAAAUUCUAUGGACUACCUUACGUUCCAAAUACUGCCUGGCAGCUGAGAUUCAGCCACCUCAUUGGGUACGGUGCUAAGUACUACUCAUACCUCAUGUCGCGCGCCAUAGCCUCCAUGGUGUGGAGGCAGUGCUUUCAAAAAGACCCCUUCAACAGGGACAUGGGAGAGCGAUAUCGAAGGGAGAUGCUAGCUCAUGGAGGUAGUAAGGAGCCCAUGCUUAUGGUGCAAGACCGUCAGCAGCCUGAUCUAGUGAAACAAGUGAAAGAGCUGUGGGCCUGUCAUUGUUUUCACAUAGAGAAUAAGGGGACGGAGGAUGUCUGAAGUGCUGCAGAUAAAUGAAAGACUCACUAAAGCAAUACAGCUCCGUGUUGGCCUCUGGAAGAGCUCUGCUGUCUGGUUUUCCUUCAUACUAACGAACACCAUUAAAAUAACGUUUAACAUUUUGCUUGACACCCUGCUCGUAACGGCUUCAUAACAAAGUAUGGAAAAAUGGGUGCCAUCCAUCAUUUUGAGAUGUUUUAUUAUUUGUUAAACAAUCUUUUUCUAAGCAUUUGUACUACUAUAAAAUACAAUAGCUCAGAAUUUUUUGCUCAUCUUUAUCAAGGGUGCCAAUCAUUUUGGAUGAGACUGUAAAUUACAAGCUUUUUAAAUGUAUACAUUGUACAUAUUUUAACAUUUUUAAAAAUCCAAGAGAAUUGGUUAAAUUUAAACCUGCACUAUAUCAGACAUUGGCCCACACAUGUCAAUGAGAUGAGCUCUGGAAAAUAACAGAAGCAGAAAAUACACGUUUGAAUGGCUUUGAAACCAGCAAGUCACGUUUCUGUCAGCAGUUGCAAUGUCUUUCACAUAACAACAAGUCUGUUAUGAUGACAGUCAACAUAUCAAAGGUUAUCCUCAUGAAGAAAUGGUCUCUGCUUUUAGGCCUACUCAGUACAGUUUAGUGAAUCCCAGAUCUUUAGUUUAAUACAGUAUGGGUCCACGUCUUCUCAUCAGACACUUCCACAUCAGUUUGAUAGAGGUCAUGGUUCAGCUUACUGGGCAGUGUGUUCUCUAGUGGUCUUCUCUGUGAGUCCCAGGCAGGAUAUGUGGCCAUACCAUUGCUGUUCUCCAUGCUGCAAGGUUCCUCAGAGAACUGAUAAGGGAAAAGCUUCACUUGACCUUAGGACAGGAAAAUGCAGUUUUAGAGAUGUUGAUGGGACAUGUCAAGUGCAGAAAUUCAAGUUAUGCACUCUUCUCAAAUGUGGAUUUGGCGCCAUGUGCAUAUUGGUAAAGAAUGACAUGAAAAGGUUAUUUGCAAGCCCAGGCUAACAGAACAACAUACCACAAGUUAUGCCUGUGCCAUGGUAGCAGUUUGAGGUGAUUUGAUAUAGCUGAUGGUCCUGAAUAUUCUCAAAGCUGGGGAACUUUGCAUCAUGGCAGCUACCACCCUGGCAUGGCUCUGAUUAGUGCAAAAACAAAAGUUAUUUACUUUUUACAUUAACACAAGUGUUUAUAUCAAUAAAUAUUUGGCAUGGUAUAAAUACAGCAUAAUAUCUGCAUUAAACAUUGUUUGACAUGAUUACAAUCUUAGUCGACACGAGGGAUGAGUGAGAAUCUGUGAUUCAGGCAGGGUUACCAUGAGGUUUCUUCUCCAGCUGUCUUUUGCAGUAGAUGGUACAGAAAAGCAUUAGGGCCAGUAGGACAGAAGUCAGAGCGAUGCAGAUGACUACAGCCAGGACAGUGUCCCUGGAGCUUGCCACAACAGACGAAAGGGGCACCAGGUUCACCCUGCUACUGCCUACACAGUAAACAUGCAUAAACACACAGCCAUGUGCACAAAUAUCACUACAGCGGUUUAUCCUUGGGUGCAAUACAGCACACCCACAAACAUGCAUUUAAUUAUAGAACCGUUCUUAUCUUGGAAUAUUGAAGUCUCAUGUUAAAAGGAACCACCAACUUUCAUAUGUUCUCAUGUUCUGAGCAAGGAACUCAAACGUUCGCUUUUUUACAUGGCACGUAUUUCACUUUUACUUCUCCAACACUGUUUUUGCAUUAUUUAAACCAAAUUGAAGAUUAUUUAUUUGAGUCUAAAUGGAUUUUUAUUGAUGUAUUAUAUUAUGUUAAACUAAGUGUUCAUUCAGUAUUGUUGUAAUUGUCAUUAUUACAAAUAAAAAAUAUAUGUAAAAAAAAAAUAAUCGGUAUCUGCUUUUUUUGGGUCCUCCAAUAAUCGGCGUUGAAAAAUCAUAAUCGGUCGACCUCUAGUUGUUAUGACACCUACUUUCUCUAAGUAUUUUUAAGUGUGGAAUAAUUCAGAUUUGUAAUUGAGUGUGGGUGCAGUGUGUGUUGGCAUGUGUAUAUUAGGUUUUCAGUAAGGCAGUGAAUGCUAUCUCAUAUGUCCUCUUUGGUAGUGGCUUCUCAAAUCCAAAGACAGCACAUUGAGUCUGGUUGUCUUUGUGUCUCCCCAAAUCUUUCCUGCUUUUCAGUUCAGAUGGAGGACAAUCCACUGAAACAAAUGUACAUGCUGAUCUAAUCAUAACACUGUUCUGUGCCAAAACCCUUUGGUUUGAUAACCAAACCGAACCACCAGAACAGAGAUGUCUAAAAGGUGUCAGGAAAUCAAAAACAAGCACCUAUUAAUU